AUGGAUGACGAGAUAAUGUUCAUCCUAUCUGAUGGUCCGAUAAAGAUUGAGAAGGAAAGAAGUGAAUGGACAACCGAUGAUAAAAGAAGGAACAACCUAGAUAAUCAUUGCAGAAGUCACAUCUUUAAAUCUCUGGACAGAAACACAUUUGGCAAAGUCAGAGACUGUAACACUACAAAGGAAGCAUGGGAGACAGUAAUCCAACUCCUUGAAGGAAAUGAAAGAACCAAGGAGAACAAGAUACUGGUGGCCACCCAAAAGUUUGAAAAUAUCAAGAUGAGGCCCGGUGAAACCAUGAAAGAGUUCAGUGAUCGGUUUACCAGUGUAGUGAAUGAGUUGUCUACACUUGGAAAGAAGUACGAUAAAAAGGAAACCAUUGUCAAGGCUUUGAGAUCUCUUCCCAAUGUUUGGGAUAUAAAGACCAUAGUGAUGCGAGAGUCCAACAGCCUCGGGAAAAUGAAACUACACGAUGUGUUUGAAGACUUGAAGUCGGAAUGCAGAAAACCAAGAAGAGAUGAUCGAAAACAAGAUGAUCACAAUCAAAGGGGUGAACAUCAGCAAUCCGAUGAAGGCAAGGAGAUCCAGAAGGCAUUGAUAGCCUACAAUGGUGGGAGUUUGUGGGCUCAUACCGAUUCGGACAGUGAAAAUGAAGGAAUCUCUUACCUCAUGGCAAAUAAAGAAGAGAUAUUUGAUUUUUCUUGUGAAGAAUUUACCUGA